AUGCACGAGGCGUGGGCGAAUCAAUUCAGAAAGCCUUUCCAUCCUGCCUGGAUGGACUAUUGCGAUCCCUACCAUUGCAAUGACUAUCACAAACUCGCGUGCGGAUUGAAUAGGAAGAAAAUGAAAUUUAAAUGGUUCCAAAGCAACUGCCAUAUCAUUGUGCACAAUAUGUGCGCGCCGUAUCGUGGAGCUUUGAAAUACGACGUAGUAGAAACUAAAUUUUGUGCCGCAUAUGUAAUAUCCUCUCGAUCUGGUUGUCCGUCAGUCUGUCCAAAUAUACCAUACCCCAUAUGUGCUGUGAGUUCCAUCAAAAAUCGUGCAGUCAUUUUUAAGAACUACUGCUUUUUAGAAAAAGCUAAUUGUCAAGGAUUGUUGGAAGAAUACGAAGCUGUUGAUAUGAAAAUAUGUGGAGCUCUCAUUCUAUCUAAA